AUGUCCGGUAGUUCAACGUCUGCUGGAUCUACAGUGCAACCCGCCUCGCGGGAUAACAUACGCACACGUCUCAGAGAGCGACGGUCCCGUUUACUCUCCUUACUUGGUCUACGAAAUCCUCCCAGUGUGCUCAAGCCCGUUCCCUUGGAUUCGGGGCCUAUUCAAGAUCCAGAGAAUUGCCAUUGUUCCAUCCAUUCAUCAAUAUCCAGAACGACGGGGCUUUAUGCAUCACUAUGCACAACCAAUGGAAAUGGGGAAAGUGACCAGGCCGGCGGUGUUUCUCCUCCAGAUUCUCCCCAUUUAGGACAUCGCAGUUCGCGUAUCCUGCCGGACUUAACUCAACAGCUCCAAGUUCAUCUUGGGAGGAGUCGGCCCAGGACAGUCACCCAGCCCCAGGUUCAGACAGUGCAGGAGGGAGAGCCCAGCGAUAAGCAUCUGGGGCUUGGGAAAAAGCGAACCCAAUCGCAAGCCGGGAUCAGUGAGGUCGUCGCACGCAAGUUGUCCGUUACAUUCGGCAAUCCCACUGUCAUCCGUCGUUCGCAUCUACGCUCACCACCAAGUGUCCGAGCUGUUCCCUUCCAAGAGACUGCAAAUUCUUCCCUCAGCAAACAGGGAGACAGCGCCAAUGACAGCUCCAACCCUUCAUCAAUGUUGCCAACGUCCUGCGUCUGCUCUCCCGUCAGUGCUCUGUCAACGCCUCCAACCUCAGCAACACCUUCUACGCCACUAUUAGCGGCAAACGUUCCGACUAAGCCUCCAGUCAGAGAGCAUGGUGGGCAAGAACUGGAGCGCAUUUCUCUAGCCCAAGACAAAAAGACCAGAGAUCGGCCCCCUGAUACGGUGUCUUCCAUCAUCACAGUUGAAAACACUGCCAAUGCUAAAGUGUUCUUCGAGAAAUACUUCGAUGCAGUGUACUCCGGUGUUGAUCCGCGCACUCAGCGCCAACGAGAACUAGAACAAUACUUGUAUGCGCUGCCACUCGGACCUGAGGAGCGGUCUAGAAUUUGGAGAAACUGGAUUGUUCAGGAGCACGAAUACCUACGUCAGUGCCGUGUACUCAACGCACGUUCCAGAGGCUCUCAUCUCCAAAAUGCAACCAUGGCCGGAUUCGAGGUUAUCAAGGUCCUGGGCAGAGGAAGCUUUGGGGUUGUCCGUUUGGUCCGGGAAAGAUCACAGACGGGUUCCCGCGACAAUCCCGCGAAGUUUAGCAGAGACUGGAGUAUCCAGGGACGUCGGAGAGUCAUGACCGGGGUUAAGAAAGACGUCUUCGCCAUGAAGGUGAUUCGAAAGUCAGCGAUGAUACGAAAUUGCCAGGAAGCCCAUUUGCGGGCUGAGCGGGAUUUCCUCGUUGCUUCGGCUAGAUCACGUUGGAUCGUGCCAUUGAUUGCCAGCUUCCAAGACGACAACUUCCUCUAUCUCAUCAUUGAUUACAUGGUUGGUGGCGACUUUCUGGGAUUGUUGAUGCGCAGGUGUAUUUUGCCAGAGUCUGCCGCGCGAUGGUAUUCUUUGAUCGAGAGGCUAGGAAUCAAGAUCAACGGAGAUACUAAGGACCAGAAAGAGGAUAAGAGGACAGCAACAUCGUCUCAACCAACUCCAUAUGAAGCCGGCCCUUCUUAUUCGCCUCCUUCGUUUGGCGUCCUGGAAUGGCGGGACCAAAACGAAAGGCGACGGUUCGCCCAAAGUAUCGUCGGAACCAGUCAAUAUAUGGCUCCUGAGGUUAUCCGAGGCCAAUCCUACGAUGGACGCUGCGACUGGUGGAGUGUGGGAAUCAUUCUCUACGAGUGCCUCUAUGGAUUCACUCCAUUUGCUUCUAAGGAACGACACGAGACGAAGCUAAAGAUUCAUAGAACCUCCGAUAAACUUGUGUCUGCGGAAGCGAUCGACCUGAUCACCAACUUACUGCAUGAGAGAGAACACCGGCUGUCUUGCGAGAAAUAUAGAGCAUCGAAUGAUUUGAAACCGGAACCCAGACAACUCUUCUACAGUUCGGAUGCCCAUGGUCUAAACCCACAGGGAUUCUACGUAUAUCCAGAUGACGCGGCUGAUAUCAAAGCCCAUCCGUUUUUUCGUGAUAUUAGAUGGGAGGAUCUCCACAAAUCAUCUCCGCCCUUCAUCCCUAAAGUCAGGGGCUGGGAAGAUACACGAUAUUUCGACGAUGGAGAGCCGUAUGAUGAAAAAGACGACAUACAUGUUUCCUCCGAGGGUGGAUGGAGCGAGAGUACGGAGGAGAGUUCGCCAGACGCUGACUCACAGGAGGAACAACCGCCGCAGUCCGAGAAUGAAGGAUGGGCUACGAAGCUUAGGCCGAAACCAAAACUCACUGCAAAGGACGUGAGGGAUAAGGGGGCUAGGCGACCCCGUGACAAGUUGUUGCGAGACAAGCAGGUCGGGAAGACAGUGCUUGAGAUACGCAAGAGGGGUGCUUUCGCGGGAUACACAUACCGACGACCCAAACCCGUCGCAAUGGCUUUCGCUCCCGAAAGAGGCCGGUCGCCGUUCUCUCAAGGUGAAGACUUUGGGUUGUAUGGAUGA